CCAUAGAGUGGGAGGGUCACGCAGGCCAGUCUUGUAUAUAUCGCAGUAAAAAAUCAUGUUUCCUUCAUCCAAGUCAACAGCAGGGAUAUUUUUGCAUCACCGCGCCGCUGUUUUCACCACACAGUCACCAGUCACUCCGCGUGGGACUGAAGACAAGGCUGCUUUCCUACUCACUUCCUGCCUGCUGAAGUGGAUGCCAGGAGGGAUUAGGUGAUCUGAAAUCCCCUGAUGGGAGAUGAGAAGGCAAAAUCUACCUUUCAAAGACCAUAGAAGCAUGCCGUGCGGUGUGGUGAAGUCCUUUCUGGUGAGCCUGUCUCGGAGGAAGCCCCUGGAACCAGAGGGGGAGCAGUCCACGUUUAACCGAUGCCUGACUACUCUGGACCUGGUGGCCCUUGGUGUGGGCAGCACCCUGGGGGCCGGCGUCUACGUCCUCUCCGGAGAGGUGGCCAGAGACACUGCAGGACCCAGCAUCAUCAUCUCCUUCUUCAUCGCCGCCAUGGCAUCCAUAUUCGCCGGGCUGUGCUAUGCGGAGUUUGGGUCGCGGGUUCCCAAGACAGGCUCAGCAUACCUCUACAGCUAUGUCACUGUUGGAGAGCUGCUGGCCUUUAUCACUGGGUGGAAUCUAUUACUCUCCUACGUCAUAGGGACUUCUAGUGUUGCACUGGCAUGGAGUGGGACAUUUGAUGACCUUAUAGGGGGUCACAUAUCAAAAUACUUUGAAGAACACGCAGCCAUGGGCCUCCCUGGCCUGGCAGCUUACCCAGAUGUCUUUGCUGCUGGUCUUGUCAUGAUACUGUCAGGUGUGCUGGCAUUUGGAGUAAAAGAGUCAACAACAAUCAACAAGAUCUUCACAGCAGUCAACAUCGUGGUGCUGCUGUUUGUGGCCAUCUCUGGAUUCAUCAAGGGGGACAUUUCCAACUGGAAAAUCAGUGAAGAGGCUCUGAUAAACGCCACGGCAGAACUCCAAAACUUGAGCUCUACUGUCAAUGUGACAAGUGUGUAUGGAGUGGGUGGAUUUUUCCCUUAUGGCUUAAGUGGAACAGUGGCCGGAGCUGCAACAUGUUUCUACGCUUUUGUUGGAUUUGACUGCAUCGCUACAACAGGUGAGGAGGUGAAGAACCCCCAGAAGUCCAUUCCUCUGGGCAUUGUGGCUUCACUACUUAUCUGUUUCCUGGCCUACUUUGCGGUUUCUGCUGCUCUCACCCUGAUGAUGCCCUACUACUUGCUCAAUGAAAAAAGCCCUCUGCCAGUGGCCUUUGAUUACAUUGGCUGGGGUCCUGCCAAGUAUGUUGUGGCUGUGGGAUCACUGUGUGCCCUGUCUACCAGCCUGCUGGGUUCAAUGUUCCCAAUGCCCCGUGUGCUCUUUGCCAUGGCAAGAGACGGCCUGCUCUUCCAACCCCUGACCAAAGUCACCUCAAAGGGCAGUCCUGCUGUAGCAACCAUAUCGUCUGGAACUGUGUCAGCCAUCAUGGCUCUACUGUUUGACCUGGAAGCCUUGGUGGAAAUGAUGUCCAUCGGCACUCUGUUUGCUUACACGCUCGUGGCCAUAUGCAUCUUAAUACUGAGGUACCAAGAAGGUCCAUCUAACGACACAGACUUACAGAUCACACAAAAAAGCACCAAAUUUAGCUUCCUAAAGCCUCCGUCAUCUCCCAAUUCAUCCACCUCAAGAAGAGUCACAAUCUUGACUGUAAUCACUGUUGCAUUUGUAGUCGCACUGUGUGUUACACUGAGUCAAGCCUUAGAUGCUCUGUCCCGCAUGGAAGCAUGGAGUCUGGCGGUUGUCUGCAUCCUCGCCUUCAUUGUGCUGCUCAACACGUUCCUCAUCUGGAGGCACCCGCAAAACAGCACAAAGGCAUCUUUCAUGGUGCCUUUACUCCCUGCUCUGCCGUUACUGAGUACAUUCAUCAACGUCUACCUAAUGGUCCAGUUAAGUGGGGAAACAUGGGUGCGAUACGCUAUUUGGAUGCUAGUGGGUUUACUCAUCUAUUUUGGCUAUGGCGUCCGUCACAGUGUUCAGAGGAAGCGUCUCAUGGCCAAACAGAUACAGAUCGAAACUGUCAGCGACAAAACAGACAAGGACAUCAUUAAAGAAGAAAAGUUCUGAGCUCUGCAGGAGCCAACGAAUUAAAUUAAGAUGUUACACUGAGGAACUGCAAGUGUGUAACUACUGUUUUACAUGCAGCAACCACUGCGCUGUUCCUGCGCCAUCUAACAUUUGAGAGUGAGAGACAUUAUGAUGGAGUUUGAAGUUAAUCUAAAUAUUCUCAAUGCAAACCUCAAACUGAUGCCUGACGUAUUUUUGGACCUGUGCUUGUUGCCUG